AUGUUGACAUCAACCUUCCCUGCACCUAGCCAAGUCCGCCGCUUAGAUGCGCAGCUGGAUCGGAUUCCACUAGGCCUGAGUCUAUCUCAAGAAGAUGGCGAGCUGUCUGCCGAAGAGCAUGGCAUUUUUCACUCGGCCACCGUAGACGCCUUGUCGUCGCCAAGAAUUGAGGAGCUCCUACAUAUUGUUAGGGCUCUGUCCACCACCUCAACUUCGUCAUCUCUACUCCCCGCUCAGAGGAUUCGUUCUCUACUGCAAGAAUCCAAACUUGCCGAAUGGGACUUCCAAGCGGAGCAGGAUGACGAGGCUAGACGAGGCCCGUACCAGUCGGAGAUCGAGUGGCUGCUCGUCAGCAAGGCUACCGUUCAGACUUACGGUAUCAUUUUGAACACACUUCUGGAUCAGAUUAUUCCUCUCAGUGAUGAGAUGUGGUACUGGGACGAAGUAUUGAGCUCGUAUACUUACAGCAGUCUCUACACUGUCCAAACGUCACCAUUGCGUUUGUGGGCCUUGACCAAGGAUGUUUAUCACGAAAGCAAGCACCGAAUUCAGAAUCUCAGCCAAACGCCAGGCGAUAUUGUCGCAUCCACUCGUACAGGCUUAUCGCAACAAUGGAAACAGUUUUACGGCAUCGUACGGGACAGCAUUCGGGACUCAUCGAUCACGACCCUUCAGCGCAAGGUCCUAUCGCCUGUGGCCCUUAGCCGAGGCGAGGCUCGGAGGAAACUGGCACAUCUCAGGCGUCUGCGGGAUAUGAUUGCAAGCGGUCUUGGUGUGCUCGUCGACGAAGGUUUGACUUUUGGAGGCGACGAAGACGACGAUAAGAGCGAAGCCGGCGUCAACAGCCAUGACUGGAAAGGCGUGGUUGAGCGAAGCGUGGCUCUCAUGGACAUGGUUCUCAAGGAGGCUUUGACUCUUGAGUCUGGCGUCAACGAUUUCGAGGACAAGGUGUUCGCUGGAGUCGAGGAAGACCCUGAGCUUAGCAUUCACAUCGAGGACGCCAACGCUCUGGAGAAGCCCUCUGUGCUCGCUAGACGUCUUCUCAACCUUCUGGAUAACGGCCUCCCCAACCACGUCAUGUCUGCGCAGCUGCUUGUUCAAGAGAACGGCCGCCCGUCGAGAUUCAUCCGAUACUGGUUGCCUGCAACAGCAGCACUGCUUUCUUCGACGACUGUCCUUCGACUUCUUGCCAAUAGGCGCGCAGAAAUAAUCAGCUGGAUUCGGGAUAUUGGAUCUACGGUACGAGACUUUUGGUUCAACUGGGUUAUCGAACCGACACGCAAGAUUGUUGGAACUAUUCGACACGACUCGAGCAGCGAGAUCGCCAUCAUGAGCCGAGACAGCCUGAAGGCCGAUCGGGAAAGCUUGGAGCGCAUGGUUGUGGACUUUGCUUUGGACAAGCCCCAUUUUGCAGGUGACGGGUCCUCCCUUACCGACGCCCAGAUCGAGGUUAUCCGCACCAAGGUCAGCGAGGGAGAUGUCACCCCGGUUUUGCGUGCGUACGAAAAGGAUCUGCGGACCCCCUUUGUCGGUGCGGUGAAGGGCGACCUCGUCCGAUCACUGCUCAUCCAAGUGCAGAAGACCAAGGUCGACCUGGAGGUGGCCAUCAGCGGCAUCGACUCUCUCCUCAAGAGCCAGGAACUGGUGUUUGGGUUUGUAGGUCUGACGCCUGGUGUGCUUGUCUCUAUUGGCAUUGUUCAGUAUCUUCGCGGCAUCUUUGGUGCUCGCAAGGGAGCCCGGCAAAGCCGCAAGACUGGACAGAGCAUCAGAGUGCUACGCAACAUUGACCGGAUCUUUUCAGAGGCGACGCCGUCUCAGAACAACCUCCUCUCCUACAAGGAUCACGGCCUCCUGUUGUGCGAAGUCCACGUGCUGCGCAACUUGAUGCAGAGAGUGCUACCUCGCGACAGGCAGCGUGAGUUCCUCGAGGAUUUGGAUGAUCUUGCCAACCUGAAGGGGAUUCAGGUGCAAGUUAGAGCUUUGGAUCGCAUUCGCUGGGCGUACGCCAGGUGGCUACAGUAA